UCGAGUCUCAGUCAGUUGCCGUUCUGAAGUUCGAGCAGCUCGAGGAGGCUGAGAAGCGCCUGUUUGGAAGCUUGAUAUCUGAGUUUUACGUUCAUUCAAAGUGCUCAGAAGUCUCAUCGGCACUUUUCUCAAUUGUUAUCAGUCUUCCAGACAUGGACGUCAAGAAUGCAUAGUUGCGGCACAGUGCUGAGAAUGUGCAUUUGCUAAACAUCCUACCUGCGUGCGUCACCUCGUCCCUAGUCUCUCUGGCUGGGUUUUGUCUCAAGUUUUGCUUUCAUUUACCUGUAACAAAGCACCCACUAUGUCACAACCAUCUGAGGCCGAGCCUGCUCCCGCGGUACUUGCUACCCCAGCCGAAUCUGAACCAACAUUAUCCAUCUCCACAUCUGACACCUCAACCGCUGCACCUGUGACUAAGACUUCAUUCUGGAAGGAUAGAAAAAAAGUCCCAGAGAAGACCGAUGGCUUCCUGCUGGCCAGGUUUCAAGGUGAUGGAGUGAGGUAUAAAGCCAAGCUCAUUGGUGUGGAUGAUGUUGCAGAAGCAAGAGGAGAUCAAAUGUGUCAGGAUUCCAUGAUGAAGCUAAAGGGCAUGGCAAUAGCUGUUCGUUCUCAAGGCAAACACAAGCAAAGAAUCUGGGUGAACAUCUCUCUAACAGGAAUCAAAAUUGUGGAUGAGAAAACUGGAGUGAUUGAGCAUGAACAUGUUGUGAAUAAGAUCUCGUUCAUAGCACGUGAUGUCACUGAUAACCGGGCUUUUGGAUACGUGUGUGGAGCAGAGGGCCAGCAUCAGUUCUUUGCCAUCAAGACAGCUCAACAGGCUGAACCUCUGGUCACUGAUUUGAAGGAUUUGUUUCAGCUGAUCUUUAACUUGCGGAAGAAAGAGCAAGAGGCUGCACAGAAGGGUGAAGCCAAUAACCCAUUGAUUGAGAAUGGUGGUGAUGCUUUACUCACUUUGGAUUGCAAAGACAAUGCUGUAAAGACUGUGGAACAGAUGGACCUGUUUGGAGAUAUGUCCACCCCACCUGACAUUCACUCUCCUACGUCACCUGGAAAUGACCUGUUUGGAGCGGAGCUCUUUGCUCCGCCUACCCAAAAUGAGUCUCUGCCCUCAAACAAAAACUCGCCUGUUCCACCUGACCUAUUCAACUCUACAUCGAUCUCCAACAUCUCUGGUCUUGGUUCGUUGUCUCUCGGCCCUGCUUCUGUCACUCAGACUCGUGGACCAACCUCGUCUCCAUGGGGUCAGACACCCAUGAUGUUUCCUCCUCAGGGGGGCGUUCCUCAUACAACAGUUCCAGGGGCACAACCUUACUCCCAGCUGCCUGCCUUUGGGGGCCUGCCUGCACCAGCUUGGGGGCAACAGGCAGCUUCACCUUUUGGUGCACCAGCUGCCACACAAGCUUGGGGUCAACCAGGAACCACAGGACCAGCUGGAACAUGGCCUAACUCUGGGCCUAUGGUCAACCCAUUCCCAUCAAACCAGUUUCCUCCCAUGAUGCCUCCUAGUGCGAUGAUGAGCGGCCAGCAAGGUACACUUAUUCCCCCUCGUCCUCCACCACGUCCUCCUGUGAAAGAAGAACCGGCACCAGUUAAAAGUGCCUUCAUGGCUUUAGACCCUUUUGGGGAGAAGGAAAAGAAGACUGGGAAAGACAUGUUCAAAGAUUUCCUGAUGGUCAAGCCCCAUAAAAUUGAACAAGGAAAUGGAGCAAGCACCACCAAUGGUUCCUUUGACCAGUACUUUUCCAGUAAGGUUGGCUUGGCUCAGGAGGUGGCAGACCAUGAUGACUUUGACAUUAACCAAAUCCCAGUUAGCUCAAAUGGGCCCUCCAAACCGGUUCCUCUAGAGUCCUUUCCUUAUGUUGCUGUAGUUUCAGGUCUAACGCCAGCUCCAGCAGUAGGUCUUUUGGAUGCUGCCUUCACUCCUAAUCUGGCCCCUGCACCCACAAACCCACCUCCUGCAGCAGGCUCAAACAUUUUUGAUGACACUUUUGGAAACGACCCAUUUGGAGCACCACCCCCGAAGACAAGCACUCCCGCCACUCAAGCUGGUGCCCCUGCAAGUGUUUUUGGAGACCCUUUUGGAGGAAAUCCUUUCGCUUGAGAAACUUCGGCUCCUAUGUUUCCAGUACACUCCCAUUUAUCUGAUGCAUCUGAGCCAGAGUACCACAGAAACGCUAUGGAGAUGUCAGCAUUCCACUUCAUAGAAAACAAUGUGCACUCAAACCUUUUGCCUGUAUACUUUGCUUUACGAUUCUCAUUCCCACUGUAUAUCUGCUGAAAUCUCUCUGUGUGCUUUUAUAACUGAUCCCAAAUCAGCCCUUCUUUUCCAUUCAUUGCAUAUCAUCCUUUUAAACCAAAGUCAUUUAUCAAGAUGCACAGUAAGGUGAAAGGUUCUGUUAAAGCGUCUCAAAGAAAGGAAAACAAAAGAAUGUGGUAUGAUUUUUUUGUAUAUGAAUAUCCUAAGCAUUUAUGAUGAAGUCAAAUGUUUUGCCAUAAUGAUUUGUCAUUAAAAAAACUGACCGAU